AACCUAACCCUAAACCUGUUCUGGUUUCUUCAACCAACGGCCGGAUUUUUUAUUUUAAUAUAAAAAUCAAUAUCAGAAAUUACAUUAUUACCCUUUAAAAUUCAGGUUUUUACAACACACCCAUCUUCUUCAUUCUUCUAUUAAUACCCUCUCGGCGACACCUCUAGGUUUGGAGAACUGAAAUCCGAAAUCCCCUUUUUUAGAAAAAAAAAAAAAAAACAAAAUUAAAGAUUUACAUUUCUCCUCUUUCUUCCUCCUUAAGCCAUUGAAAAAACUCACUUCCUCUCUCCUCUGUAAAAACAAUGGCGGCUACUACGUCGCGCCAUCAACGCUCUCACUCACCUUCUGGAAGAUUCUGUGCAUCAUCCAUUUCCUCAUCUUCUUCCUUCGCUUCAUCUUCUCCAACUUUCUCAUCGCAAUCCGAAAAUCUCUUUCACCGAUCAUCUUCUCCUACGCGAGUCAGCAUCUACGGCUCCUCUCCUCAAACGACGUCGCCAUCGGUUCGAUUCUCAAUCGAUAACCGACCGACGUCGCCAAACAGAUCCUUCGCCGCCGUGAAUCGGAAUCGGAAUCCAUUCCCGGCGACAACAGGGAAGAAGAAAACAUGUUUAUGUUCUCCGACAACACAUCCUGGCUCAUUUCGGUGUAGCUACCACAAGAAUCUGGAAGCGAAGAAGCAGAAUACGGUGUCGUAUCAGCCGAACCGGUUGAACAUGCGGCGAUCCGCGAUGACGAACUCGCUGGUGAGAAUCGGUACAGUUGAAGGCGGUGAGUGGGUGAAACGCGCUCUUGCGACGUUGAUCCGUCCUUGCGCGCACCAGCAAAGGCGGCGAUCCGAUUUCCAACCUCGACCGAGUCGACUCAGUGCGAUGUCGAAGGCGGAAGAUGCUUGAAUUUGUUUGUUGUUGUAUGUACAGGAGCGGUGGAAGCGGCGCCCGAGUUGACUCACUGAGUCGUGGAUCGGAUCAUCCGCGUUGACUCACUCACUGAGUUGAUGCUGAGUUGUUUCGCCGAGUUUUUUUUUUUUUAUUUUUUUUUUUGUGUAUAGAAAUCCUCCAAGAUCCGAAUAUUUUUACAGGACGUAGUGGUUGUUAUGCAUUUACUAAAAUUAAAUUACUAGAUCUCUUGAAAGUCUUGAGUCAUAGUAGUACCUGUUUAUUUUUAUUAAAUCAAUGGUGAAUUUGAAUUUACUAGUUAAUUUUUUAAAAUUGAUUAAAUCAUAAUUUAAAUCACUAAUUUCACAAUAAUUGGUUAAUUAACUUACAAGAACUUGUGUGUGUUAAAUCUGAUGAUUAUUCCAUACAGGAAUCCCAUUAUUUUUUCCACAUUUUUGAUUUCAUUUUUAAUCCAAAUCCUGUUAUUCAUCAAAACCCGUAUUUAUUUUAUCUAUAUUUCGUAUUUUUUAUUUAUUUUUUCAAUAAUUUGUUUGAAGUGAGUAUGUGUUUUAGGUGUUUUAUUUUAUUUUAAGUUUUUGUGUUUGUUUGUUUGUUUGAUUAUGUAUAUUUAUUGGGAUGAUAAAUCUGAUAUGCGUUUGUUUUUUUUUUUUUUUCCUUCUCUGCAGAUUUGAUAAGAGCGGAAAAGUUCGGAAAUAAAUUGGAGCAUCGUAGACUGUAAAAUCCAGAUUGAUUAAAUUUUAAAUCUGGGACGAGACUUUUGGAUUUUGAAAUUUUUGCACAGGAACCUAGAACACCUGACAGGCUAACUAAACUAUCCUGACUGAAAUUAAAGUUUUUUAAUUAAAAUAAAAUAAAUUAAGGUUACUUUACAAAUUUAGGUAUCUUAAAUUCCUUAUAUCUAAAAGAUGCCAAUUUAGGGGGAAUAUGCCGUUUGUGGAAGAUUAACAAAAAUUAGCAUUUAAGCAUUUUUUUUAAACUUGUUAAAACCAGUAAAGACAAAUUACAAUUAGUAAAAAAUUGUAUUUUAUCCUUGUAAAUUAGUUUGAAGAGUUAAAAUCAUGAAAUAAAUUUUUAAAAUUAAUUAGAAAUGAGGUGAAAAGAUUUUUACAUACUUCCUUUGUUACCCUUUAAUUUUUACUUUGAUCAUUUUUUCUCCAUGAAAAGAUUCAUAUGAAUCAUAUCUAUAGACUUUAAGUUUAAAAAAAGAAGAGACGGAGUAGAAGUAUAUUGCACCUUAAAAUAUCAUAGUGACUAUUCGGAGUUUGGGACUUGUCUAAACUUUUUAUUUUUAAUAAUCGAGCUUAUUUUAAUCCCUUAUCUGAAUUCAAUUACCCAUUUAUAAAUUUAUUUUUUAUUUUA